CCAGCCUCCAAACUUCCAGGACUGCCUCAGGGAUCCCAGGGGGGGGCUGCACGCGACUGCAUAUGUUGGGGAAGCGGUCAUUCCUACCCAGCAAGUGAAACUCAAAUGUAGGAUUGCACUGUGAAUGUCCUCCAGCAUAGUGUGGCAGUGUAGUUGUUGAAGUUGUACUGGUUUCAUCAUCUUAUAAUUUAGAUUCUGUGCCCUGAGUUACUUCAGGAGCAGUUUCUUGUUGACAUGACACAAAUGGUUCUUCCAAGUUGAUGAGAUGUACAUAUUUUAUUGUUUCUAAGGCACAGAGAUCACAAGUGUGAAAUGAAAUAUUGCAGGAGGCAUAAAUGUGAAGAGAUGACGGUGGAAUUUGCAUUGGCUUCACUUCAGCACAGAUGGUGAAAAACUUGAAGCUACUUUUGGGUCCUGAGACCUUGCUCCUUAGGCUAAUAAAUAACGGAAGAAAUGGGGGAAAUUAAUUCCACUGAGAUCGAAUGAUUCAUACUCCUUAAAAAUAUGAGCCAUGGGAAAUCUGCCUGAGUUUCACUGUGUUCUUGUAUGCUUUGAGAUAUUUAUUCAUUACAAUAGCAUUUCUAAUCAACAGUUAAUCAGUUAAUCAAAGCUUAAUAAUAAGAAAUGCACUCUAAGUGCAGCAUAGGCGUUCCAUGUUUACUGCAAGCUAGAGUGCAAGACUCAUCGUAACUUCAUCACAGUGUAAUGUGCAAACGGGACGCGGGUGGCGCUGUUGGGAUGCGGGUGGUGCUGUGGGUUAAGCCACAGAGCCUAAGGCUUGCCGAUCAGAAGGUCAGCGGUUCGAAUCUCCGCGACAGGGUGAGCUCCCGUUGCUCGGUUCCAGCUCCUGCCAACCUAGCAGUUCGAAAGCACGUCAAAGUGCAAGUAGAUAAAUAGGUUCCGCUACAGCAGGAAGGUAAACGGCGUUUCCGUGUGCUGCUCUGGUUCGCCAGUACCGGCUUUGUCAUGCUGGCCACAUGACCUGGAAGCUGUACGCCAGCUCCCUCGGCCAAUAACGCGAGAUGAGCGCCGCUCAUCAGGGGUACUUUUACCUUUACCUUAAUGUGCCAAACAGUAUUUAAGUCUAAAAUGUUUCACUAAGAAACAUUGUGAGGUCCAGGAGGUAUCUGAAUCUGGAACUGGAGAGGUAAACUUGACCUUUACCUUGUAGCUGGAAUAUUAUUAUUAUUUUAUGUUAAGCUUUCCAGUUCAGUACCUUAAGCUGUAUUAUAAGAAGAGGAUAUGACACUAUCUGGCAAAUAUAGCAGCUUAAUUAAUAAGUUCUAUGUCUUAUCUAACUAUUAGAAAAAGGCAAAUAUGAACAGAACCCAAAUUAGCUUGGAUCAUUUGAGGACACAUUUUACUGUGGCACUGAAGAGGAAACUUUUCUCCUCAAAAUUAGGGCUGAUUUUGGCCUGGUUUAGAAUGGUGAAGAAGCUCACUUGAGAAAGUGGUGCUUUAUGCAGAGGUCUCUGAAAGACAAGGUCAGUUCUCCUGCUGAAAAAGUGCCAGCUGUUGUGUUAGAACAGUUUUUUUAAAAAAAGAGAUAGAACAGAGUGGGUGGUUAUGCCAUAUUUCCUUAUACAACAGCACACAGGUGAAAUGUCAUCAAAAACUAACAAAGCAAUCUCAGAAUGUUCUGUUCCAGGUGGUGGUCUCCACCAGAUGGGGUUCUAUCCUGUUACAAGUUUGAGUUCCAGCAAGUCAAAAUUUAGGUUCUAGAGUGAGUAACGCAACAUCAAGCAAAGCGAGAUUCAAGUUCCAAUAACCAAAAGUCAAGCAAAGCAGCAGUCAGGUUCCAGUAAGGCAAAGGCAAAGCAAAUUGGACAGCAUCAUGUCAGACUAGAGAGUAUGAACAGGGUGAAAUGUUGUUUCAGUGAAAAACAAACUUUGUUUUAAAUAGAGCUGCAUCUCUAUCUUUGUGGCUAGCUCCACCUCCAGAGAUGAAAGUAUUUUCAGUAGAAGGGGGUUUAGCCUCAUUCAAAAGCAAUUGGCUCCAAAGGGCAGAGGAGGCACUGGCUUCUCACCUGGAGUUGAAGGUGGCAAUGCAGUUUCCUCAGGUUGGAGUGGUGCUGACAAAUUAGCCUCUCAAGUGCUGGUGUUUUCAGGGCAUGGGAAACUGAUUCUUGGAUCUGAUUCUGAGGGGAAGUUCCUGCUCUGUUAAGACUUCUGAAUCCAUGGCCUUGUCCCCUGAAGAGGGGGAGUUGAAUCUGGAGAAUAUAACACAAAAAGUAGUGAUGUGCAUUUUGGUCUAGGCAUUCAAAUGAAAAAGCAUACAGUGGAAAUAGGUAGAUUUUUAUUUUUAUUUUAAAGAAAGCACUUAAUAUUCGAGAUCUGUAAAAAAUGCCUUCACAGCCAUAGACUUUGCAUAGUGAAACAGGAUGCUUAACUCACUGCCUGCAUUUCACUGAAAAUCAGCAUGAUUUUGGGUGUCCUUGUGCAGCUCAUGCCUCUUAAAAGCAUUCCUUCACAAAUCAGCCACUGUGGUAGGUUAAUAGUGAUUGAUUUAGGAAAUUAUUUUUAAUCUGGUAUGAUAAUUUCUAAUGAUAACUUUUGAUUGAUUUGAUAUAUUUCAUGAAAUAUGCAGAAUAAUUAUUCUUUGGCAAAUUACAAGUGUCACCUCACCUGCAGCCAUCUUUGUCUUUAUGCUGCUGUGUUGCCCUUUUACAUGAUUUCUCUUGAGCACAAUCAUUUUCUUGUUUAUUUCAGAACCUUUUCCAAGUUUAUCGUACCUUAAAUAUAGUUUCUGUCUGGCUACUCCAUAUGAUGGGAUUCUGUUGAAACCUUUAUUCAUGUAUUACCCUCACAUUUUCCUUCAUGCUCCCCAAAACUACAAUCGGUUUUCACUGCAAUUUAUUGUGCAAAAAUAGGAAGAACAUAGGAAACCACAUUAUAUCAGGUCAAGAUAUUCCUCGGACUUGCAGGAGAGGUUAAAAAGAAAAGUUUUAUUUGGUUGUGUUCAAAGCAAGAGAAAGAACAAGCAAGUAGUAGGUUAUUUGCAUGGAGAAGAUGGAGAAAUGCUAUUGGGUGACAGAGAGGAGGCAGAUCUGCUCAAUGCCUACUUUGAUUCUGUCUUCACCCAAAAGGAAAGCAAUUCUAAAUCUGGUGAUAACAUAAUAAAGGGAGCUGAGGAAAAGAGGUGGUAAAGGGACACCUAACUACUUUAAAUGAAUAUACAAAUCUCCAGGGCCCUGAGGAGCUGCCUCCAAGGGUACUAAAAGAGCUUGCAGAUUUAAUCUCAGAGCCUCUGUCUAGAAUCUUUGAGAAUUAUUGGAUAACACGUGAGGUCCCUAUGGAUUGGAAGUGUUGUCUCCAUUUUGAAAAGAGAUUAAGAGUGGGACAGAAGAUUAAAAACCAAGGACACUGUUAAAAAGAACCUUUGCCAGUGAUGUAUACCCAGUAUUUAAAAGGUGGAGGUUGGGGGAGGAAAGGAGAGAAGAGGAAAGAUGUUACUUAUGAAUCAGUACAACUGUGCUUUGUUCUCCAUGAGUGUUUUAAUAGAGCAAGUGUAAUAUAAGGAUCAGAUGGGCUCAUGGGAAUGAAACAAAAGGUUUUUGUAAAAUUAAAGCAGAAAAUAAUUAUAGCUCUGGGUGAAAAAUGAGUACACUUCUGCAGCUUUUAGAAGAGACCAGCUCAAUUUGUAGAAGAGAGAGAGACAGAACGCAGGUGCGUAUGUUGUAUGUGUGUUAAUCAGCUGAUGCUUAUUUUAAGCAUCUUCAAGGAUAAUGUACCCACACAUCAUUGACUUAAGGUAAAAUUUAAAGAAUUAUUUUUAAAAAUCACUUAGCAAAAACAAAAAAAGGAUAGCACAUCACUGGAUUGAAUGAGAUAGAAGAGAUACAUUGAAUGAUUACAUUAGAGUAGUCCCACUAAAGUCAUCCUGUUUUCAAAGUAAAUGCAGAAAUUUUGACAAAAUCACAAAAAGGCUCAGAAUCCAAGCAUAUGCUUUCUAAUCAUGUUAUUGUGUCAGAUUGGUUGAUAGGAUCCUGCAUUUUUGGAUCUGCAGUGCAAUCUUAGGUAUGUUAUCUUUGUAAUAAGCCCCAGUAAAUAUAGUGGGACUUACAAUUAUGUAUUUGCAAUGUUAGAAACAUAGGAUUACACAGUCAAGAAAAACAAAAUGCAAGUUCAGUACCGAAGGCUAUUAGCCUAUGACAGCCCACUUUGAAAGAAACAUCCAGUGUGACGGUAGUCUUUGCCUAGUUCUUCUUUUCUUCUUUGGCGAUCACUUGUAGCCGAGUAAGAUUGUCUAUAUGGUCUUAACAGUGUGUCCAUAGGUGAUUGUGAAGGCCAAUUAUGGAUUCACACAUCCUUCUAUAAUGGGGACAUACCAUAGGUUUCUGAGUUGAUCACGGUGGGGAUUUGCCAAACAUGCCUUCCUCUUAGCUUGUUUCUCCCUUUCGUCCUGAGUUCGUGCUUCUUCAAAGUCCAUGACACCUUUGGUAGAGGCUAUUGGGGCCUCUGAAAAAAUGAAUUAUCCCAUAUAAACUAUUUCAUUCCCUCAGUUUCAAGAAGGCAAAAAGAACGAUAUGACGAGAAGAGGCUACAAUACCUCCCUUGCUACAGUCACAUUGAGGUUUAUGGUGAAAUGCAAACUGCAGUAUACAAUAGUGGCAAAUAACCCAUUUGUUAUGAACAGAAAGAUGCCGUGGGCUGAGAAAAAAAUAUCUGCAAACAAUUCUGCAUUAGCCAAAGGUACAUUUUAACCCCUAAUUCUGGUUCAUCAUAGUAGAACUCCGUCUGGUGCUAUAGGAAUAGUAAGCCUGUAUCAUAUGUGCUGGCCCAGUUGCAUGGGAUGUUUCUGUAUUGGCACUUUCCAAGAACAUGGCAUCUAGUGAAUACUUAUGUAUGGGGGUGGGGAGGAGAGGUAUAUGUAUAUAUAUUAUAUGGGGCCUUCAACAAGUAAGUUCCAUUUUGUCUUGGAGCACACAGCUACAUAUUUAAUUAGUCAAUUUAGAGGGAAGAUUUCAUAAUACCCACCACUAAUUUUUCUCUUUCCUCAAGGCUUGCCUAAAAUGGAAAAAUAAUAAUAUUGUAAGCAAGAUAAUUUUGGGCACCCAGAAUAUGUGAGACUAUCCGACUUGGAGGGACUGAUAUCUUGGGUUGCAAAUUCUGCCAGAAUGUGGAGGCUGAUAUCAUACUGAAGCUUUGAGCUCCAUUUGGUGCCUUUUACUUCUGUCUUGUUUCUAUCUGUGAGGGGAUGUGAAAACUAGAUCUGUCCUGUUUCCACAGCAGGGUUUUGGUUUAUUUUGUUUUUCAUAGCAUUUUAUUCCAUGGCCCAACUCCAGAGGAGAGCGUAUUGCAAAGAUGGAUUUGAAUGUCAGAUUUAACAAAAUGACUUGUGUAUGAGACAACCUUUACUGCUCUAAAAUUUAAUAGCUGAUUAAUUAAGGGUACAGUGAAAUUAGUAUUAAUAAUAAUAUUUUGGCUGAUGUAUUUUUCUCCUUAGAUGAGUUGAGUAAAUCUCAGUAUUAAAGCACCUAGGCUCUCUGUAGCCUGGUUAGGUUUAGAGAAAACUUUUGUUUUAUGUUAGUAACAUCCAGAUAGCAUCUUAUUAUUUGACUCUAGUCAUACCUUUGAAGAGCAACCCUUUGCCACAAUCAUUAUUAGAUGCACACUCUUUCUGUGGUAUUUCAAAAUACUUUGGUCCUUGUGCUGCUGGACAAAUAAAACACUAGUUCCCUUCAAAACAGCAACAAAAGUCUGAUGAACUCUUAGGACACUUUUUAAAUUUUUGUUCAGAGAAGAAAUAAGGGAACUGCACAGUACUUCCCCAUUCAUCUAGAAACAGAUAGUGACCUUCAGUGACAUAGUUGCAGCUGCCUAGGAUACUGGAACAGGAUACAAAAAAUGUCCAAAAGUUCAAGCAUAUGCAAGAAUGCAUGAGGCUAAUUAUCUCCCCAAAACUGAAAAUGUGUACUACAGUAGAAUGCAUAAUUGAGCCAGAUCAAUACUAAAAUAGAAACUUCUUAUGAAAUGUAUUUUUUUGUCUUGUUCAGUGUACUCAUUUCUAAUUCCUAAAAGUAAAAGUAAAAGUUCCACCACUUUGAAAUUUAUUAUGCAAAAAAAUUACUUGGGCUAUGAAAAUAAAACUGAAAGUUAAACAGUACGAUGAAAUUUAACAUGGUUGUUUUAAUAUAUCUAUCACAGAUAAAGAUCAUUGCAAAAGUGAUAACAAACAGACACAUAUUACUUUUUAUAGAUAGUAUGAUGAAUCUCAAAUCAAUCUUUAUUAAAUAUAUCACUUAUUAAUUUGCAGUGAAACUGGGUAGGGAUGAGUAAAAAUCAAAACUUUUGUAAGUUUACGAUCUGUUCCCUCACAAGGGGGGGGGGGUGAGAUGGAAUAAUUUUUAAAUCACAAAAAUGUUCCCCAUAAAAUACCAUGCCACAAUCUCAGUAAAGGAAUGCUUGAUAUCCUACCCCACCCCCUCAAACUUUGGAGUAAUACAUACUCCAGCUACUAAUAACAAAACAAUACGAGCAUCUCAUGCUGCAUGACAUGAGUAUCCCUUAAGGGAAGAAUAUUGAAUAAGUAGAUAAACAGUGCCAGUCAAAUUUUGCUACCUCCACUAAUGGAUAUUGAUCUAUUAACCUCCUUCCAAAAUAGGAACCAGUGCAACAUAUGGAAAAAUAGCCUUUUCCGCACAGCUUCUCCAACAUGCUGCUUCAUUACUGGAAACAAUGUGUUGGAUUCUGACUGGAGACAGAGACCAUCUGUGAGAUAUUUUGUAGACAUUUUCCAUGCGAUAAACACAUAUGGAUGAGAAAUAGACCCAUUCCAUAUAUCUAUCUCUUGUUGUUUCAUCAAAAUUGAUUUUCUGAAGCUCCUCUUUGUGUAUAACAGGCUGAUCCUAUGCACAUUUAUGAAAAAGUAAGUUCCACACAGUUCAAUGAUAUGUUCUCUCAGCUUAGCUCUCUAAUUUCAAUAUCAGCAGCCCCAUAAUUGCUAAAGGAUGAUCAGUUGUGGUAAGAACUUUUAUUAAAUAUCUCAAAUUUGAACAUACUAAAAAGAGAAGUGCUUACGUCAUUGUGAUUGGCACAGAGAUAUUAAAUACCCAAGAAAAAUACCCAAGAAGAAAAAGAUGAUAAUGUUGAACAAUCUGUGCAGUAAAGAAACACAUGUCUGCUUGCUGGAUAAUUCCUUGAAGGAUAGUGGCAGGGAAAUAUUUGGCCCCACUUCGGAUAGCCCCAUUAUGUGUAGAGGUGCUAAUGUUUCCUUAUCGACUAUUUCGGUGACUUUCAUUUGGCUGUAUUCUUAGCCUUUUCAUUUUUAUGUGGAUGACUUUUAUUGACUUUCGCAUUGUAUGCUGUAUCAUUCUGCCUUGUUGUUCUUACAAUAAAGUUGAACAAAAACCAAAGCCCUUCCAUCUUUUUUAUUAUUAUAAAAAAAUCUGUUGAAUGUCAAAAGCAGUUGAAAAAUACUGUAUCGAAUGAAUACCUCCGCUCAUAGUCAUAAAAUCUAAAUUCACCCAAGCCCACCAAAAGUGGAAUUUGUAGAAUGUUCUGAUUCUUUUUGUGUCCCUGAAUUCAGAGGAGUAGCCAACAGUAUUUCCAUGAAGCCCGAAACAGUCAGUCAGUCAGUCAGAGGUUGUAUUUCUUAUGUCAACUAAGAAAAUUUAAUUUGCUCCAAGAAGUGUUGAUCCAAUUUUACAGAGGUACCAUUGGAACUGUUCUCUGUAAUUCUGUUACUGCCUGGUAUGUCACAGCCUCCAAGAUGGACAAGAAAAGGCUCCAACGAGCAGUAAGAAUUGCAGAAAGGGUAAUUGGUAAUUGGUAGAGAGACUUUAUGCUCUCCGAGCUAGGAAGAGAGCAGAGGAAAUUGUCGCAGAUCCUUUGCAUCCUGAUCAUCAUCUGUUUGAUUUACUUCCACCUGGACAUCACUACAGGACUCUAUACACAAAAAUGGCUAGGCACAGGAACAGUUUUUCCGCCUUGUGCAAUCAAAUUGUUAAAUUCGUAGUUGUGUAGCGGAAGGGGAGGCCAGUUAUGGGUGGAGUUCCUAUGGUGUGCUAUUGUAUUGUGAGUGGAACAGUGUUUGUAUAAGGUACAUUUUUAUUGCAAUGUAGUCGAAGCAAAAUUCCAAGUAUGUUUGGUACUUGGCCAAUAAAUUAUUCCUUAUUCCUUAUAUAAAAAAAAUGCUGCACCACCUACACCUAUCUGUCCCUGAGACACUCUGAAUGUAAGAAGCACUUGGAAAAUUAAACCCUUGUGUGCUGGUGUGAAGUCAGCGAAGAGCAGUGAGAAAUAUGGAGGCGGCAGAAACUGAGCACAAAUAAAGGGCGCAAAGGAAAGGGGUGGGUAAGUGUGAGUGAGUGAGUGAAGAAGUGACAUGGAAGUGUGGUGAAACCUGUGAUACUACAGAGUGAAGGGAGAAGAGUACUAUGAGAUUAAAGAAAACCGAGAGAUGGAUUGCAGAGAGAAGGAGUGGGAAAACAGAAAAAGGGUGGGUAAACAGUGAUGGGUUUCUUGUGGGUUAACUUGUAGUGGUGCAGUUAGAGAUAAAGCAUGUGUUGUGGGUGAAGAGAGAAUAAGCACUGUGGGGCAGAGAGUGAAACGGGGAGAGAGAAACAGGGAGGAUUAACAAAGAGGUUCAGAGAUGCAUGUAGCCUUAGAGAUGGGUGUGUUCUGCAGAAGCUAGAGAAAAGGGGAUUAACAGAAUUGACUAAAAAGUCAAUGCUGAUUAAAACUGUAACAAAAGCUCUUUUUGCAAUUAACAUAGUGAAUAGAUGCUUUUAAGUUAAUAAAAAUGUAGAAGUCCCCCUCACAGUUGAUCAUCCCUGGUGUAGAUAUAAGCCCAUCAUUAUUAAUGGUGUUAAAGAUGGUUCUGGUUCUAGUCCAUCAGAAUUCUUGCAGCAGCAGCUUCUAUAUUACCAGUUUUAGUCUUCAGCAUGGCAACAUUAUCUUUGCCAGAUGCAAACUUCAUAGAUACGAGCAUGGUUGCAUUGACAGACUUUUUUUUUGAUACCAGAGCAUAAAUGGUUGAUUCCUAAAACAAAUCAGAAAUUCAGCAGAAAUUUAUAGAAUACAGUUGAGUUGCUAACUAUAUUAGCAAUAUUGUAACAAGGAUGGUUAUGAAUUAAAUAUUUCCACUUGUAAGUAAUUGACACAGCAAUAUAGAAUAUGAGUUAACUAGGCUUAGCUUCUGACAUUCAUAUCCUUGUUUUCUCCAUGGACUUAUGGAGUGGGGUGGGGUUACAGUGAGCUCCUGAUACCCAAAGUUGAAUCUGCAAUCUGCUCCAAGGUAAGGGUUCAUUAAUGUUUUUGUGGUAAAUACAAAUUCUUCAUGAUACUGAGAGUCCCAUUAUAUCCUCCCUUUUGCUACUUCAUAUCUCCUCAUGAAACUGAGAGUCCCAUUAUAUCCUCCCUUUUGCUACUUCCUAUCUCCCAUAGCAUUACCUGUGGUAGGAGGGAGUGACAGUGAGGGUCUGGUCCUUGCUGUUUAAACCACACUUCCUUGCAAGCAUUUCUAGGGCCUGGUAUGUGACAGUACACAUAGGCAAGGACCUAACGAUUCUCAAGCAGACCCUAGUCCCUUUUCUGGCCCUGUUUUCAGAGUCUCUCAAACUCGGGUAAAUCCAAAUUCUAAUAAACUUCCAGGCCCCCAAAUUUAGCACAAAAAUCUGAUAAUACUUUAAUGACAAUGAUUACUACUACUACUACUACUAGUAGUAGUAGUAAUCUGAUCUCUAUACCUUUGUCAAAUAGCGAGUUUACAAAAUUACAUGCAUUAAAAAAUAUAACUAAUGAAAAACAGAUUUAAAUCAAAACAAAACAUACAGCAGAUGGGCAUUCCUCAAUUAUAGCUGGCCAAAACAAAUCAGCCACCCUCAAAAGUGGGUUGAAGACAUAAGUCUUCAGCUGACACCAAAUUACAUACAGUGAUGGUGACAAAUGUAAAAAUGAGGGAAGGGAUACUUGAGGGGGGGGGAGUGUUAUUAACAACACUUUAUAAUUUACCCCAGCAAGAAAGUGUUGUUAAUCACAGAGAUGUGUCAGUAAACAGAGAUAUUUACCUGCAUCAACAGGUUCUGUGGUACAUGAAGGUACUGCAGUAUUCUAAUGUACAGAAAUGGUUUUCAAAUUGAAUUCCAAUGGUUCCAUGAAGAACAGCUUAUUCACCAUCACCAACCUUCCUUUACAAAGUGCAAACACCAAAAGUCUUUGACAUACUCAGAUCCAUGGUUAGUUAUACAAUGAGAUGAUGAGGCCAAAAGAUCUUGGUGUUGCUCUGAGGCAAUGUGUGCAAACAGGACUGUAAACAAGGUGAGAUCGGAAGGUGCACUAUGAUAUACAUGUACAGAAAAAAACCAGUGUCCAUAUGGAAAGGUGAUUAAAAGGGGUAACUUCAAUAUAAAUGAGUAAAAGCUUCUGCAUUAAAAAUGAAUAAAAAAACACAGGGUAUAGUCCUAAAGCACAUGAGGCUACCACAUUAUUGAAGCUAAGCAGGUCUUGGUUUUGAACAGUGCCUGAAUGCGAUUGCCUAGAAACUAUAUUUUCAUCAUCUUGGGUUCCAUGACAGAAAAAGACAGGACAUUUAAUAUAUUUUGUUCCUCUCUCUUUAAAAGCAGCUCAAUUUAUUUAUGGAUUUAUUGUGUGUGCUUCAUAGAAUAAAUAAAGCACAAGGGGGGGGGACUCUGUUCUUAUUAAUUUAAAAUGCUUCUGAUGCUAAGAAGUCUCUCACACAAGUAGUUCAAUUGUAUACAUACCAGUAUCUACUCCAAAGUAAGUCCCGUUGGAACACAAAGAUUGGUCAGCAGGUUCUCGAAUUUCCUGUUUGUUAUUAGGAAAUCACUAACUCUUUAUUUGAAGCUCCAGCAGGAAAUGUAAUGGUCCCACUUAUAGAGGAGGGCCCUGUGUGUAUCCCAGCCCAGAAUCUUCUGCAACUCAGAGGAGUUCCGUAGUAGAUACUUACAUGUUUCUCAACAGACAAAGCAGUGUGGAUAAUUAGAAAAACCAUAAUUCUAAGACAUCCAUCUUCUUCCUAAAUGUAACCUUAGAGUGCCUGAUGGAGAAAUAAACAUACCUUUGAAAUCUGCUUAGGAAUAUAUUUGAGUAGGGGGGAAAAUGAAGCAAAUUCCAAAGGAUAUAUAACAAGAACCAGGUAUUCACUCCCCCCCUCCACUUUUCUUUUUAGAAAACACAGGCCUUGGAGGUGGCACCUUACACAAAGAUAUACAUUUAAAAGAGAAUCCAAGUUCAGCGCUGCUGGUAGAACAUUGUGCUGCAUUGACACUUCCUCACCCAGUGAUACAGAAAGGAAAGGGAGUGCUUUGCAUUACUGUCAUUCCUAAAGGGAAGAAUGUGAGAGAACUAAGCACUUCAAUGUGUAAGUUAGUCUGAGAAGAGACAGCAUUUUUCACUGAAGGAAGCUGCAUGAGGUUACCUGAGGACAGUGUCUGCUUUACUGUCUGAUUGCUUAAAGUCUUUAACUAACUACUGUAUAGAUAUAUAUAUUGUGGGGACAGGUCCUAAGCCAACAAAAUAUUGUCUUUUCCAUAUAAUUCUAUUCUGAGAAUCACGUAAAGUACCCAGUAAGCAAUUUCUUCAGAUUCAUUAAUCCCGUUUACCAAUGUUUUGUUUCCUUUCAAAUUCAUAUACAGCAUUCCUUGCAGAACUUUGCUAUUUUGGGGUGGGAUUUUAUCACAUACCAACCAAUUUGGGUUUCGCUAUUAUAGAUGAGUAGGAGGCCUUGUGCAACAAAGCCACUUUCCCCAAAUAUGGGGCUUUUUUUCAAUAAGGAAAGUGCUGGGAAAAUGCACUGGAAAGUGUGGGAUAACACUUGCUUUCAAGCAACGUCAUCUAGUCUCCCUGUAAACAAAUCUGAAUGAAUGUUCAUUAAACAUCCAAUGUUGUUAAAUCUCCCUGCAAACAAAUCAGGAUGAAUGCACAAGAAACAGACCAUCUGGAAGUGCUCCAAAAUAACAGUAUAAAUCACAGCAGGAAAACAACAUUAAACUUAGAAAUCUCAAUUUAAAACACAUGGUAUGUUGUGGCUGAAUUUAUUUAUUUAUUUCAUUUCUUUCCCGCUGUUUCACAACAGGUAACAACAAGAACCAUUUAAAACUUAUUUUUUUAAAAAGUAAAUAUUAAAUAAAGAGUUAAUAAUAAUAAUAAUAAUAAUAAUAAUGGAAACCAUAACAGUAGCUACUUAAAACUAUGCAUAUAUGAGCAGCAACAGGACAAUAAAAUGAAAAUGGAAUAUGUUUCCUGUUUGCAGAAGGACAUCUAAGAGGGGACUAGGCAAACCUCUCUUGCUUGUAUAACUACUACUACUACAACUUCAUCUUAUUUCUUAGUUGUUGUAUGAUUUCAUUUUUAGUCCCAAUGAUUUCAUUGUCUAUUCUAGUGGAAUAAUUAUUUUUUUUGGGGGGGGGGAGCUGUGCAUUGAAAUAUUAAAGAGAUUCUAUCACAAUUCAUCAUUUUUGUAAAAUGACUCAAAACUAGUUUUUCUUUUUUAAAAAAAUGAAUAAAUACAAAUGCUCUAUGUUGCUUACAGUCAAAUUGUUGUUCAUGAGAUAUAGAUGUUGUCCUAGUUCUCUUCUUGACAUUUUCCACACAGCAGCACUUCAGAUUGCACUCAUAUGGCAGAUGUACAUAAAAAGACUAGCAGGGAGAAGAGUUCAAGUUUAGUCUUUUUCCUGACAUGUCAUGAAAAAAGGUGUCUGCACAUAUAAAACAACUUGUCAAGGUGAAGGCUAGACGAGAAACCUUAUCCCUGACAUCUAGCUUUCGAUGUACAGCUGUGUGUAUUUUUAAGGUGCAAGAGUACUCCAUUAUUUGAGCCCCGUCAGCAGUUGGAAUGAAACACUACCCACAGUGGCUUACCCAUCCAGUGAGAACUAGAUCUCUAAAAGGUAAAGGGACCCCUGACCAUUAGGUCCAGUUGUAGACGACUCGGGCUGCAGCGGUCAUCUCACUUUACUGGCCGAGGGAGCCGGCGUACAGCUUCCGAGUCAUGUGGCCAGCAUGACUAAGCCGCUUCUGGCGAACCAGAGCAGCGUACGGAAACGCCAUUUACCUUCUUGCCGGAGUGGUACCUAUUUAUCUACUUGCACUUUGACAUGCUUUCAAACAUGCUUUCAAGCAGGGACCGAACAACGGGAGCUCACCCCAUCUCGGGGAUUUGAACCGCCAACCUUCUGAUCGGCAAGCCCUAGGCUCUGUGUGAUCUUUAGCUGUGUGCAUUUGGCUGUGUUUGAUAGCUAAUCCUUAAGUGCAUCUGCUUGCAUCUGCUUUAGAGAUGGUUGCUGUAUGUUGACCAUCCCUGCUAAAGUGUGCUUUUCUAGGUGAAUCGUUUUUCUAAAACGAUUCUUCUCUAAGGCAGCCAAACAUGCUGAUUGCUGUUCUGCAAAUUAUUCUUUACAGUAUUCCUUCUUCACAGCCAUGUUUCAGUAUCCCACAAAAGUGCAUUCCAACUGGCAAGUUAGAACAUUGCUAGUGCGAGUUGAGCAUGGCAAGACCAGAGCCCCACAUCCUAAGCAGUGUAUUGUCGCCAUGGGUGUGGCUAGUGGGGUUGCGGGGGGGGGGAGGUGUCCCCCUAAAUCAAGUAAAUAAAUAAAAAUACGCAACUAACUGACCAAUUGUGUCACAGAUAACUUGGUUCUGCCCCCCCUCAAAAAUAAAUCCUGGCUACAUCAGUGAUCCUGCCAGCUAAUAUAAUUUUGCAAUUACUGUACAGUAAUUCACAAGUGAUAGGAAAGACUGAGGGGAAGGAAUGCAGGAUCGUACUGCCAUUCUGAUCUCUAAAUGAUUGUCAGGGCUGUACUAGCUCAGUAAACGAUCUGAAUGGCAAAAUAGCUAAUAAUCAGAAAUGCUGCUAAGAUGUGUCCAGUUUUACUUUUAUGGAGCUGACAUAGCAUAUUACAGUGGCAGGAAAUUAGCUGCAAAGUCUUGUGGCUCAUGGCAUUUGCCACCUGCAAAUUGAUGAGGAAAAAUGGAAGAGACAGAUAGGAUGCUAUUCAAGGUACAAAUGCAUUUUUAUCUCCAGUUUGAUUCCACUAAGUGUAGGAUCACAGACCGAUCUAGACUGGCUUUCCCUAUCAUUAUCUAGAUGUGUUCUUUCACUGCAGAGAUCUAGUUGCUUAGCUACAAUUCUGGUAAACUAUUUUUAUUUUUAUUUUACAUUAAUAUAUUACAUUCUAUGCCACCAUGAUGCCACCCAAAGCAGUGUACAUCCACAAUAAACAGCAACAAAACAAAUCACAAUAAAUCACGUUAAAGCCUAACACCACAGUUUAAAAGAGAUAUCAAAACAAACACAGCCUCAUUAAAACACAGCCAUAAAAUGUCAACAUUAGUCCUAGUAGAAAUAAAACCAAUGCCAAUUUUUAUUAGCCAGCAUAAAAGAUUUUGUGGAAAAAAACAACAACGUGUUGACUAAGUGCCGAAAAGCCAGCAACCAUCGUUCUGUUGGCAGCAUAUUCAGAGGUGUAGGUGUCACCACAGAGAAGGCACAGCUCUUGCCCUUCCAGUUCUCACUUUUGUAAGAGAUGGGUCAGAAAGCAACGCUUCCCCUGCCAGAUCUGGGGAGCUUACUCAACUGUACAGCAUUAUCACCUCAAGCACGGAGUAUUGUUAAACAUUGUUAAUUGCUCAUCCUGUCCCCUUGGGUUCCACUGAACAAUUAAAAGUCAUGCCAAGAAUGCUUUUGCUAAAUACUGUAUUUCAGAAACUGAUCAAGAACAGUAGCAUUUACCUUCAUAGAAUUUAUUUGGAAAGCAGGUGAAGCUUGGCCCACUUUUCCUAUAACUUCCUAUAACAGAGCUAAUCUAGCUCUGUGAUGCUUCCUCCACAGAUUUUAUGCCUUUUUAUUGAUUCUUAUUCUUUUACUGCUAUAAUAUGAUUACCUAAGAACUGUUUGUACAGUUUGAAUAUUUAUUAUCAUAAAGGAGUUUGCCUGACUUCACAUUUUUAAUAACUGAUCCAGUAUGGAUUAAAUUAAUCAUAGCCAUGUAUUUCUAAUUUUAAAGACGCAUAUAAUUUUCCAAUAAUGGUAGUUUAAAAUAAAUGAUAUAAAAAUACAGUAACAUUUUCUCAUUUUUUUGACGUUUUUGUGAGAGUGUGCAUCAUUGAGGGAACACUACCAUAUGUUGACUGUACUGGUAUUAGUGGAUUUUAGUACCAUUUAGAACAUAUACAUUCCCCUUCAUACUCUCACCUGAAUGCAAAUGGGACCCAAACAGGACCUGAAAGUAUGUUUGGUGAUAUCAGUUCAUGAAUAGUAGCAAAAUUCUCCUGUGCUAGGUCACACAUAGCCUACAUUUUUUGUGCUUGGGGUAUAAUAAUGAAAAUGUGAGAUAUCAUAACAGGAAGCCAUUUUAGUUUAGAUCUUGAAAUGAGAACCCCCUUUUUAAAAAAGGAUGUUAAGCAGCCAAAUGAAAUUUAAACCCAAUAUUUAUUUAAUAUAAAGCAGCAUAAACUAGUACAAAUAUGGCAUUGGAAAAUGAAAACCAGGACAAAUAAAACAGAACCUAUUAAAAAAAAAUCUUACUUUAAACUCAUAAUAAUAACGAACCAGAGCAGCACACAGAGCAGCACACAGAAACGAACCAGAGCAGCACACAGAAACGCCGUUUACCUUCCCGCUGGAGCAGUACCUGUUUAUCUACUUGCACUUUGACGUGCUUUCGAACUGCUAGGUUGGCAGGAGCAGGGACUGAGCAACGGGAGCUCACCCCGUCGUGGGGAUUCGAACCGCCAACCUUCUGAUCGGCAAGCCCUAGGCUUUGUGGUUUAACCCACAGCGCCACCCGCGUCCCUGCGAAGAGCCAGGUACAAAUGCCCAAAAUAAAUGCUGAAAUUCGAAGGAAAAGUGUGGGUGCAUGGAGGGUAAGUUGUAAGGAGGCACAGUUUGUGACAUCAAACAACCAAAACUGAUUGCAGGACAUGUCUGUAAAGGCAUCAUUAGCCUUAGCUCCCAGUUGCCCAAUUUUGUGCAGCUUGAGCCAACAUGAGAUAGCUUUGGAGAGAUUGCUUAGAGAGAGAUCAUUUGCUUGCAAGCUACUAGAAUUCUGAGUUGUAUGAGUAAAUAAAUGGAAAGUACGAGAAGAAACAAAUGGAAGUUGUUCUAUCCCCAAGUUUUUUAUUUUAUUUUAUUUUAUUUUAUUGUACAAAAAAUAAUACAAAGAAUAGUACAUAUACAUACACACAUACCAUACAUCACACAAAUGAUAUACAAAAAUUGAUACACAUACAUACCAUACCCAUACACAAUACUGUACACACAUACCUAAACAGCUAAUACUUCUAAUAUAUUCAAUUUUUUCUUCUGAGUUUAAAAUCCAAAGAAACCUAUCUAACCUUCAAGAUAAGAAAAUUUCCCAAAUUAAUGUACACAAUUCUUAACUAUCAGAUAUAAAUAAUUUUUGAAAUGCAUUAGGCAAAUAUAAAUAGAUAGCUCUGUUUGUGGCCAUUGUCCCUGAUCUCUUAAAUAAGAACUUCCAGUUUCAGAGGCUGGGGACAUGGAAUGCUAGAGUAGAUGGAUUUGGGUGGGAGGGUCAAAUUCAGCAAAACAGUUUUCUUUGAAGCUCAUAGCUCAAGCAAAUAUGAAUAACUCCUCUUGACUUCUUCUGAUUCCUGACAACCGAAAACAGGGGCUGAGCGGGGGAGGAAAAUGAAUUGUUACAAAAUGUACAUUCAGAAGACUGAGUCACAGGCUUUGUACAGGUACAGAGGCUUUUGUGAGUGAAUAAAUGAGUAAUUUUUUUUCUACAGUUUGAGUGCAGAGAAUUGUUUACUAUAAUAUUAUGCCCUCUGUUACUAAGGGAAUUGGAACGUACUUUGGUGAAAUGUUGAAAGAUUAUUAGGAUUCACAUUAAGCUCUGGAUUUUAUCCUUAAUGUUAAGCAUUAACACAGAAUAUCUUUUUUAAGCCACAUAUGUACAUGCACAUGUAUUUCUUACAGGUCCAUGACUUUUCUUGCUGCUUGUAUCUGUCAUCUAUCUGUAUCUAUCAUCAUUUAUCAAAAAUACAAAAUCUAAAACGUACUUGCUCCCAGGCCCACAUCUUGUUAUGUGUGAAUGCAAACAAGUCUCACCUAUCAUCAUUUACUAGAGGUUUUAUGUACAGUACUUCUGGAGCUGAGACCAUCUGUUCACCCACUUCAUUUGUUGGUUUAUAAAAUAAAAUGUUGACCAUCAGAAAGAACUGAAUGACAUUUUACUUGAAUUUAUUCAACAGCCAGCUUAGUGAAACUAUGAAUGCAUAUUUUGAAUCAUCCCUGCUUCCAGAGACCCAUCAAGAUAAUAUGUCAGAUGGUUAAAGAAAGCUUAAUAAAAUUACUAUCUUCCUACUUGGGAUGUCAAGGUUUUCAGCACUUCUGUUUGAAAUCCCUAUAUUUCUAGAUCAGGGGUCAGCAAACUUUUUCAGCAGGGGGCCGGUCCACUGUCCCUCAGACCUUGUGGGGGGCCGGACUAUAUUUUUUUAAAAAAGUGAACGAAUUCCUAUGCCCCACAAAUAACCUAGAGAUGCUUUUUAAAUAAAAGGACAUAUUCUACUCAUGCAAAAACACCAGGCAGGCCCCACAAAUAACCCAGAGAUGCAUUUUAAAUAAAAGGACACAGUCUACUCAUGUAAAAACAUGCUGAUUCCCAAACCAUCCGCGGGCCGGAUUUAGAAGGUGAUUGGGCCGCAUCCAGCCCCCGGGCCUUAGUUUGGGAACCCCUGUUCUAGAUUAUCAUUGCCCCUAUGCCUGACAAACAGACAUGGGAAACUGGUUUGGGUUAAAUAAGAACCAAAGCUUUUUUUAAGGAAAUGCAUCGUCAAACAUAAAUGAGCAUAUGGUGGCUGAAAAUACAUCAUAUUGGAGAGCAUGUUGCUUUACAGCAGCCAUCCCAGAUAUAGCUACCUGGCUUGUGAGUUGCCAAAAUGGAUGGUUUGACCUGAUUGGCGUCCUAAGGACUCUAAAGGCAUUGUAAUGCCUCUAGAUCUGUACCCAUGACAGCCAGUACUCUAGGAAGCUGAUCAACUUGGAAUACUCUGAAGAAGGCCCAAAAAAGUAGACUAGUCACAAUUUAAAUCCAUGUGCAAAUCCAGUAUGGGAGCAUCUUUCCAAACUUCCUUCUGCAUCUUCUCCCAACAUAGAACUCCAGCUGAGUGUAGGAAACUUGUUGAAAUAACUGCUUCUAUGGCAUCCUUUCGAAACUGUUUUCUGUUACAUUUUUAUCGUUUAUGCCAGGCAUCCCCAAACUUCGGCCCUCCAGAUGUUUUCGACUGCAAUUCCCAUCUUCCCCAACCACUGGUCCUGUUAGCUAGAGAUCAUGGGAGUUGUAGGCCAAAACAUCUGGAGGGCUGAAGUUUGGGGGUGCCAGGUUUAUGCUGUUCUUAAAGGUUUGUUUCCAGAAUUGGCUCUAUCAUUAGACAAAGUGAGGCAGCUGCCUCAAGCAUCAGGCGGUGGUGAUGAGGUGUUGGAGGACAGAGCUGUGUGUGUCAUGCAUAGCUUACCCUGCAUCCUGUAAGCUAGCCUGCUGUGGUGGAGAAUGCUGUCCUGUUGCUAAGUUUUAAGUAAGAUUCUGUUUGUGGAAUUUGAAAGCGAUGCCAUCUUGUCUUGCUCCUAAGGCAGUAAAAUGUCUUGGGCUGGCCCUGUUUGUUCCUGAUAUAUCGGGUUGAUGAUAAUUGACCACAUUAAUUCACUGAAGACAUCACUGUUAAGUGGAAACACCAUAAUACUGAAGGUUUAGCUACCUAGGCCUGUGAUAUAAAUAUAUUCUGUCUCUGUCUCUCUCUUUAGAGAACUUUCUGAUUGCAGUUAAGCUAUUUCUAUUGAGCUAUAGUAAAUAUUUUUUACCCUGUGCAUUUUUAGUAAAUUUAAAAUCCAUCAACACAUGUGUUAUUCAGACUUAUACAGGGCAAGAAAGAGAAACAUAUUUUUGCAGUGUUCAAAAUAAAUAAGUAGCAAGCACAUAACCUUAAAAAUUAAAAGUUUGUGGGAAACUUACUGUGCCUUGUGGUAAGUGGGACAUAUUCCAUAAAAUGGUGAUGGCUGGAAGUAAUAUGAAGUACAGUUUGUUCUGUGGCUUUUGGACCAUCUGCAAAUGACUUGCAAGAGACACAAGGAUACCAAACAAAAGCAUAAUUGUGAUAUAAUGGAAGUAUGAAUCAGCCAUUCGGACACUCCAGCUGGAAAAAACAGGCAAAGUCUGGGAGUACUUCUAGGGUGGCAUUAUAAUUCAUUAUUGACUGGAAAGAUGUGAAUUUCCGACACUAAGACCCAAACUCAUGAUGCCCGGAAAGUCUUUCUUUCUGUCUGUGAUGGUAAUCAAUAUAAUCUAGGUCUUUAUCAGUGGGAUGCUGGUGGAUUUUUUUUAAUGGUUUAUCUAUGUGGAUUGAGACAAACGUUAAGAAGAGAUAGGAGUGGUUUCUUCUCCUAUCUUUGGUGCUGAAGAGAGAAGUUUGGAAGUUUGGUCAGGAUGUGGAUAAAGAUGAAAGCUGAAAUAAAAAUGGGCUAUGUUAGGAGAGUUUGCAGCACUGUCAUAUUCUUGUUAUGCUUUCCACAAAAAGUACAAGCAAUAGCUUUUAAUAAUUUAAUAACUGCAGUAUCUUUGGAAAUGUAUUCUCUUUUUAUAUGUUGCAUUAUGAGCAUAUAGAAGAAAUAUAUGUCAGUCUCCUUUACAAUUGAGACUGUGAUCCUAAACAGGGCAGAUAAUCAAUAAGCAUACAAAGCUUUUCUUCUUCAGCCAUAGUGAAGAAGAUGAAACACAGAAUACUGCUGAGGUUAAAAGUUUUUAAUUAAGCAAGGGAGGAUAUAAGACAGUGUUGAUUACAGCAAUGUGCUGGUAACAUGUCUUUUCAAAUAUUUUAAGGAUGUGAAUUUCAAAUGUCCAUGCGUUAGCCAUGAUUUUCUCACUUGAUAUCAGAGAAGGAAUUGGCACCAACUAGAUAUUUUGUGUUUUCAUUAUUUUGUUUUAUUGUAUUUUACUUUUGGCAUGAUUAGUUUAUUCACGCCUAUUGUAUAACAUUGUAGUAACUUUAGAGAUAAAGGGCACUCUGAAAACACAACAGCAACAGCAGACUGGUAACAGGCAGAAAUUAGUCAAGAUUUCAGGCUCCCUGGAACACAUAAGUUUAGUAUAGCUACUAAACUGAAACAAGAUAACAAAUAGAACUGUUUCUCAAGAAUUGCCCAGGCAUUACGAGUAGUUCUACCAUUGGCGGGGUGGGGGUGGGGAAAAUCUCUUCUUUUAAUGUUUCAUAUUUUAGCUGUAAACUUGUUGUUGUUGUUGUUGUUGUUGUUGUUGUUGUUGUUGUUGUUGUUGUUGUUAUAUCCUGUCUAAUGUGCAAACAUUAUGCAGUGGUCUGCUGAGCUAGUCCUCCAAAUCUGGCAGGAUGACCUGCUGCCUCAGGAUCACUCAUGGAAAUAAAUUUUAUGUGAAAUUCCAGACCCAGAAACCUCCCCUCUAAACAAAUUCACACAUGACUCCCCCUGGGCUCAGGACACAACCCCCUCACAGGGUUUGACCAAACCAUUUGAGUCCCUGGAUUCCUUUAAUGCAAUACCCUUCACAUAGGGAUGGCUAAAGUGUUCUCCCAUCCCUAUCACCUGAACCAGUGCCUAUCCGCAACCUUACAAGUUGUGACGAUUUGGCGAAACCCAAAUGGAACCAGCCAAUCAGUCAAGUGGGGGAAAUUCCUGCCAUGCCCCUGUCCCGACAACAGAUGACACACGAUGGUAUAGCAAGGUCAAGUGCAAAAGCCCUAAAAGUAAGGAGAGGUGGGUGGGUGUUCUGAAUGCACACACCAAAAGAGUAAGCUUUGGGUCACAUGGAUGGGUCCCUCGAUCUGUUUGGACUGUGGCCCAUUGGCCAGAUUGAACCCAACAUCGAGAGACCUACCAAUCGGGUGUUGUGGCUGACCAGUCUUACCCACCCACAACACGGGGUGUCGGUUUCCAGGUCUCACCGCAACACGUGCCCUCUUUGAGGGAGGACCCAAUGUCUGUUCCUAAUUUUCGAUUUAAUAAAUUCAAAUUGCCGUACUGUGUAAUAUUUAUUAUAUUUUUAUCCUACCCUUCCUCCAAAGAUCUCAGGGUGGUAUACAAAAAUUCUGUGAGAUAGGUUAAACUGAGAGAUAAUCGCUGGCCCAAGGUUAAUGACUUAAAUGAGGAUUAAUGCAACUCAUUCAGUUUAAUCACAUGACAUUGAUGCAUUUGAGCACCUUGCGUUUCCUAUUGAAGUCACUUAUUUCCCUCAGCUUGUAGCAACUUUAUGCUUAUUCACCACAAAAUGUGACUGUAGGCUUCUGUUCAAGCCACAUUGAGAAUGUUUGUUGUGGCGUGUAAAACUGCAAUGUAAGAUGGUGGCGAAUGGAUUUGUUAGGAGCAAUGGCUGAGGGGACGAAAGUUGCCAUUGCGGAUCAGCUCUUAGGCAAAUCUGAACCCCCAUUUGACAUGUCUGUAAAUAUUCUGCAGGUUCCUUUAUAUAGUAUAGUGGUCUCCGACUGUGAUAAAUUAUCUGUCUGUCUGUCUGUCUGUCUGUCUGUCUGUCUGUCUGUCUGUCUGUCUACUGUAGUUCCCAUGUAAAGGCUGCUAAUACUCUUUUGCAUGGUGGGGCUUUAUGUGAGACUGUAGUGUUAUUUUCAGCACUAGGUGAAGACCUUUUCAUUAUCAGUCUUUAAGUGUUUUAGUGCUCUUUAAAAUCUUUUGUGUAGAUUCUUUUCUGUUGCUGAUUUUACUUUGUUUUAGAUUUCAUGUCUAUCUUUUAAUUUUACAUCUUCUGGUUUUAAUUUCUACUUGUACACCACCCAUAGAGUCUUUGUCAAUUGGCUGGUGUAUAAAUAGUGUAAAGAAAAUAAUUUUUUUCUAAACUUUUCCCCACAUGCCCUGGCCCAGUUGUGUGGGAAGCUUCCAGUGGUCAUGAUGAAUAUGUAGUAGACUUACACAAAGGCUCUUCAUGUGACCAGUCCAGCACAUAGAUCCCCAAAUAUGGCAACUUUGCUAGCAGGAACAGUUCUAAGGAGGAUCUAAAGGUCAACUGUAAUAUGUGAAGCAGGCAUGAUUGCCACUAGGCAAGUGGUGACUACACAGCAGUUAAUACCUCACAUUUGCUUAUUUAUUUAUAGUCUGCCUUUCUUACAUGACAAUAUUCAAGAUGGGACUAUGUGGGGUUCCCAAACAGUAUUACCUUUCUAGCCACUGCCCAGGUCCUGCUUUGCUUCAGCAAGUUUGGUUUACUGUGUGUGUUUGCACCAAAGGCAUUAGCGUUUCAGGUAUAACAAAGGUGACAUGAAAAGUUGUGUAAAUUCCUCCAUUAUAUCAAAAGCCUCCCAUCACCGGAAGGGGACUCCUUUGGAAUGCAGAAUGUCAAUGUGGCUCCAAUCUGUUUUUAGGACCUUUGCUAGCUAGAAACUGCUAAAAUAUGCUGUUGUUUUUCCUUAGUCAUCCCCCAGCCCGAACUAUCUUGAGUUAAUUUUCUGUGCAUUAAGUAAAAAUACAUUGUUAUGGGUGGUUCACCAGGAAUGUUCUUGUUCUGUAAGAUUUUUCUGCCAGAUUUUGCUUCAUCAUAGGUCAGCAUUACAUGAUGCUUAUUGUUAUGCAGGCAUAACAAAAUGGCAGCACUUUCUCCAAAAUAUCUCUGCCAUUAGAUGAAAUUUAGGGAUAAGAAGAGUAAACACAGUUUAACAUGAUAAGAACCCUGUUGUAUCUACUGCUUAUCUCUGCUUGCUGUUCUGAAGACUGUGAUAAUCUUAAAGUGAGUGAAUUCUCAUCUUUCAUAGAAGAAAUAGAUUAAAAGACCUGACAAUUUUAGGAAAGUAUUCAAACUUAAAUGUUAUUUUUGUUGUCAGUGUGACUUCUUUUUAAAAGUUGUGACUAUCAGACCUUUAUAACUGAUACGAUAAUAAUGUCUAUAGCUUUAUGUCACUCGAAAAAGGGUAACCACUUUCAAAGAAAAACAGAUUUUAUGGAAGUCUCUCUUUAGUUUGGCCAAAGAACUUCAUAUGUAUCAAUACUCUCUAGUAUUGUGGAUUAAAAGAUAGCUAUGAUGAUGUCAUAUCCUAGUCUACCCCGCACCCUUUCAGUUUAAAUUCAGGAAUUUUCUGAGUCACUCGCAACAGUUGAAUGUUUGGUCCCAAAGCAACAAGCUGAAUUAUUUGGUUUUAGCUGUCAGAUACAGUGUUCAAAGUGUAAUAAGAUCUAGACAUAUCUAGCAAAACAGUAACAGUGGGUCUUGGGUUUAAAUGUUAUUUUACUUUCUGGGGCUACUCUAAUAUGCUGAGAAAAUGGUAUUACCAUUUUUCCAAUGUUAAGCUUAGUUUAUUGGUAGAAAAACCAGUAUAUAUAUAUUUUUUGUCAUAGGACAAAUUUAGCAAGGUGUAAAUAUCAUGUUUUCGCUGUUCUAUGUAGUGUGGUUUUGGAGCAUUAUAUUCCCUAUAUUACAAACAGAACUCUGAUUUGUUUAAGGAGAACAAAAAUAGUCUCAAGGGAUCAGAUAUGACAUGCUGCUUCACAUAUGGAGUGUCUCCUUGUGACUUCAUUUGCAUAUCACUUUAAACCAGGUGUGGGGAACUUCUGGCCUGUGGACCACAUUUAGCCUGCUAGACCAUUUUCACUGAAUUAUGGCUGCUUGCCUUACACCUGACGUCAUAUGUGACAUCAGGUGUGGGGCAGGUAGAGAUGUGGGUAGAUCUCUGGGGAACCCUGCUUGCAGAGAGCAGGGUUAAACCGAUGGGCAGCGAGUUCAACCCAACUUGAUUGGCUACAUGACUGAGGAACUCAAUCACACAGCUGAUCCUGAAGUAAACAGUUUCCCUACGCAUAGAGCUGGCACUAAAGUAUCCCAAUGCCAGCUGACUGUUGGGUGCUUUGAAAGUGCUGUGCGAGGGUCUUUUGGCAGGUGACAGGACAUGGCACCUAUCAGUUGCCUGAUGUCAUCAUGACACCCUGUGAUAGACAGCUGGGUUGCCCCAACCACCUGCCAAAGUUGGGCCAUCAUAAACUAAAUGAUGGUUUAAAGGUGUGAACAUAAACAUUUCAUUUCCCCUAGGAUUCACUGGACAUGUGUUGCUUGGGAAUAAUGUGUAGGAAACUUUGUGUAUAUCUCCUCAAAUUCUCCACUAGAGUGCAACCUCUGGUGCAUUCUGGGGGAAAUGAAGUGGUUUCAGCUAGAUGUUUUUGCCACCAAAGAAGUUGCCCUCCCCUCCAAGUGGAUUAUAUGAACAAGAACGUUCUCGUUUGUUCUCUGCAUUUGUUUUGGCAUAGAUCUGGCCCUGUUCUGUUGAAUUUUCCAUUUGUUUCCAUGAGCAUAUCCAUAAUUUAUAUGGUGAUUUUGACUGGGAAAAUGGUCCACACUGGAAAAUGCUUACUUACCUGUCUCCCUCAUUUUGCUGUCUGAUCAAAUUGAGAGCCUCCCCUCCCCUCUUCCAUGCAUUUGUGAUGGGGGAUUGGGAGAUAACUCCACGUCCCCCGUUCCCCACAUCACAUCAAGUUUGGUCUUAGGUCUGCUUCAGCUGUGAUGAGGAACAAGGGAAAAAAUUAUGCUUUUACCAACUGGGAGAUUUAAAAUGGAGUUUAAGAUGAGCUACAAAAGUAUCUGGAUUUAAGUUAUUCAAGUUAUCUAUUGAGCCUUUGGGCAGAAUGAGGCACAGACUGCUAGAAACUUGUUUCAUGUCUGUGAGUUGAUGGUGCCUGGGGAUUUUUAUACAAGCUGGCCACUUAAUGCUUCACCGGCAUAGCCAAGAUGCCAUGGAUCCUUAAUUCCUGCCUCUUGUUUAUUUUCCACAGAAAGUCUAAUCAUAGGAUUCAGUAUGCUUGGCAUUGGUGAUAUACAUUGGAGUUUCAUAGCUAGAAUUUUAUGCUGCUUUGAUUAUUCCAUUCCUGUGCCAAAUAGGAUGGCAUUUGAUUUUUUGUAAAAUUGCUUUGGACUAAGAAUAAUUAAUUAAUAAUCUUGGAAGAAGUGAAAAGACGCCAUUAGCACACAGAUCCUUAACAAUGUGGUUUCAAAGUAAAGAAAAAUAAUGAUAUACAUGUUAUUAAACUCAGCACAUGCGUUAUUGAUUUUACGUGUCAUUUGACAGAUCAUGUUAUAGUUAAUGCUAGCAAGCACUAUAAGUGUAUUUUUAGUUCUUUAUUUAAAUUGCCACAUAUGAUCUAAACACAAAUCCUCAGCUGGUGUCAAUCAGCACAACUUCAGCUGAAGUCAAUGGAGUGAUGCCAGUUUAUAUAAGCAAAGGAUCUGAGCUAAGCUCUUUAUUAAGAAUUACUAGAACGGACUGUACUCUGUGCUGGGCACUUGUGUGCUGGGAGUUCAAAGUACAUAGGAAUGCAUGAAACAUUUUCCUCAUUUUCAUUUCCAGGCUUCAAGAACACGAAGAUGUAGCUUGUGAAAUUCAAGCUGCAAACAGGAUGUACAUAUAUUAAAGUUUCAGUUUGUCAUUUGAAAUUUUUCCUUUUUCUUUUUUUCCUUUUUUGCUGGGUGGGAAUUCUGUGUGAUUAAAAUCACAUUAAUCCCAACUUUUUUUUUAUAAAAAACAACAACUUAUUAACCUUGUGACCUGGAUGCUGUCUUUAACCAUUCCCCAGGGAGUGGCCACUCACUCUCAUCUCCAGUCCUGAAUUUACAAUCCUCAGGAAUGAGGCAGUUUCCUGAGAGAACCAUGCUGCUGCCAGCACCAUGUUUGAUGGCCCUUCACUUCCUUUUGUGUUAAGGGGUCAGAAGCCCUUAAGGCAAGUGGCUGUGGAAACAUGCUGGCCGUUUUGGCUCUCUCUCAGCACGGAUGGCACUGUGUAUGUGACUGCAGCCUAGCUUGUUGCUGUCCUCCUGAACUGGAGGCAAUAGCGAACACCAGGAAAACAGCUUCCGUUGUGCUGUAAUCGGUUCCAGAAUGAUGGAACUUGGGAGAUUCAUGUGACUAAUGAAAGCCAUUCGGAGAUAAAAAGCUUGAAGAGGAGAGCAGCAUCAGCUGGAAUAUUUCGUUCCAUGUUGCAAGAGACAGGGCGAGUUGGCUGGAAUGAAACCUUUUCCAUACAGUUGGCUUGAAAUGCAGCAUUUAAGAGAAAACAGCAAACAUUUCUGAGUUACAAAGCACCAAACAGCUAGAGACUCACUUGCUAUAAGACAAGCAAGUGUCUUCACGCAACUUUGCUGAAGGUCCAUAUUGACCAAGACUGCAUAAGAACAGAAAGCAGACUUUGCAAAGCCUGUAUCCAGAGCACUUGCUCUCAUCACAAGGCCACACUGCUUCCUCAAAUUACAGACACAGCUUUUCUCCAUUCUCUGCUCCAAUGAAUGUCUGCGCUAGGUCUAAAACUUGGAGUGAUUUACCUGAAGAGUGAUACCAUCAAGAAACCACUGAAGAAACCCAAGACAGCUGAAAAACAGAAAGAGCCUGAGGAGAAUGAGAUUACGCAGACGGGUGCAUACAGCGCCAAGUCAGGCCUUCCCUGCCUGAACUUUGAAACUGUCCCAUCUUUGAGCCCAGCUCUCAUCCAUUCAUCACAUUCAGCAAGAAACCUGCACGCACACACAGGGUCACCUGAUUGUAACAUUAGUUGCAAGGGGAUGACAGAGCGCAUUCAUAGCAUCAAUCUCCACAACUUCAGCAAUUCUGUGCUCGAGACCCUCAACGAGCAACGCAACCGUGGCCACUUCUGUGAUGUGACGGUCCGCAUUCACGGGAGCAUGCUGCGCGCCCACCGUUGUGUGCUGGCGGCCGGCAGUCCCUUCUUCCAGGACAAGCUGCUACUGGGCUACAGCGACAUUGAAAUUCCUUCUGUGGUGUCAGUCCAGUCAGUACAAAAGCUCAUUGACUUCAUGUACAGCGGGGUGCUACGGGUCUCACAGUCAGAGGCCUUGCAGAUCCUCACAGCAGCCAGCAUCCUUCAGAUCAAGACUGUGAUUGACGAGUGCACCCGGAUUGUGUCACAGAAUGUGGGCGACAUCUAUCCAGUGAUCCAGGAUUCUGCCCAGGAGACACCGCGAGGAACUCCUGAGUCAGGCACUUCAGGACAGAGCAGUGAUACAGAGUCCGGCUACCUGCAAAAUCACUCACAGCACAGUGUAGACAGGAUCUAUUCAGCACUGUAUGCCUGUUCUAUGCAGAAUGGUAGCGGAGAGCGUUCAUUCUACAGUGGAGCAGUGGUCAGCCACCAUGAAACAGCGCUGGGACUUUCCAGAGACCAUCGUAUAGAAGACCCAAGCUGGAUUACACGGAUCCAUGAGCGCUCACAGCAGAUGGAGCGGUAUCUCUCCACUACUCCAGAAACUACACAUUGCCGGAAGCAACCACGUCCAGUUCGGAUCCAGACCCUCAUGGGAAAUAUUCACAUCAAGCAAGAGAUGGAGGAUGACUAUGACUACUAUGGACAGCAGAGGGUACAGAUCCUAGAGCGAAAUGAAUCUGAAGAAUGCACUGAGGAUACUGAUCAAGCAGAAGGCACUGAGAGCGAGCCCAAGGGGGAAAGCUUUGACUCGGGAGUCAGUUCCUCUAUUGGCACUGAGCCUGAUUCUGUUGAACAGCAAUUCAUAACUGGUCUAAGCCGAGAAGGUCAGCAAGACCCUCCUCAAGCAGAACAAAAUGAUGCUUCUGCUGAAGGCAUUCAGCAGCAGCACAUAGAUGCCAACUCUUCCUCACCGGAGAGAGGCAAUGACAUUGAAAGGGACAGCACACUGCUCACUGUAAGCAACAGUACUGAAAAGGGGACUUUGCAGCCUUCUAUCACUACAACUGUUGCCCAAACAUUGCCAAGCACCCAGCUCUACUUACGCCAGACAGAAACUCUCACCAGCAAUCUGAGGAUGCCGCUGACUCUGACCAGCAACACACAAGUCAUUGGCACAGCUGGCAAUACCUACCUGCCUGCACUGUUUACUACACAGUCUGCUGGCAGUGGUCCUAAGCCUUUCCUCUUCAGCCUGCCCCAACCCUUAGGCCAACAGACACAGUUUGUGACAGUCUCCCAGCCUGGUCUGUCAACUUUUACUGCUCAACUGCCAGCCCCACAGCCCCUGGCUCCUUCUGCAGGCCACAGCACAGCAGGUGGGCAGGGUGAAAAAAAGCCUUAUGAGUGCACCCUCUGCAACAAGACUUUCACCGCCAAACAGAAUUAUGUCAAGCACAUGUUUGUACAUACAGGUGAGAAGCCGCACCAAUGCAGCAUUUGUUGGCGAUCCUUCUCCCUAAAGGAUUACCUAAUCAAACACAUGGUGACUCACACCGGUGUCAGAGCCUACCAGUGCAGCAUCUGUAACAAGCGUUUUACCCAGAAGAGCUCCCUAAAUGUGCACAUGCGGCUCCACCGUGGGGAGAAAUCCUAUGAAUGCUACAUCUGCAAGAAAAAAUUCUCACACAAGACCCUGCUCGAAAGACACGUGGCUCUGCAUAGUGCCACAAAUGGAACACCUAGCACAACGGGCACUGGUGCAAGGGCUCUUCCCACUGGAGUGAUGGCCUGUGCAGAGGGAACCACAUAUGUCUGCUCCGUCUGUCCUGCUAAGUUUGACCAAAUUGAGCAUUUCAAUGACCACAUGAGGAUGCAUGUUUCAGAUGGAUAAGUAAAAUCUAUUCUGUUAUGAACAACAACAAAGCCCAACCAGAGAAACAACAACAAAAAGCUAUGGCACUAGAAUUUAAUAAUUUUUUUUCAUUUUUACUUUUUCGUUUGUUUAUUUUCAUUUCAUUUUUGUACUACAUGAAGAACUGUUUUUUGCCUGCUGGUACAUUACAUUUCUGGAAGCUGGGUGAAUAGUAAUUAGCUCAGCCUUCCUUUGAUGGUGGCCUUAAGGCCAGAUAGUGCUUCAAGAGAUCUACUGGUUGGAUCUCCAGCUACUGGCCUCUAAAUACAACCCUUCUUUACUACAAAAAAAACUUUUAAAAAAAUCUUCUUUGUCACUUGUGAAGAGCACUACACACAAAAAAACCCCAACAACUAGAGGAGAAAUAUGUUAUGAAAUCUACAAGGCCUACUGUCGUAAGUACACCGCUUACAGUGUUUCAAUGGACAGAUUCACAAUUCUGACCGCUCUGGACUUCACAGUAUCCAGUUAAAACUGUGGAAUAGAAACAUAUGGUUGAGCAGCAACCACAGAAAAUGGGCCCUAUUGGAUUCCACCAUUAGUCUUGCUAUCUUAAAAAAAGGGCUGUGGAGAAGGGCAAGGGAGUUUGGGUUGGAUGGUGUGGAGUCCCUGCAGGAUGGGGAAGGAGAAUAAUAGGUUCCUCUUGUGGAUUCUGUUCCAUUCCACGCAUUCUGAUUCAUGAUUCCCAACUUCUUUCCUCCCCACUAACAUCAACACCAUAUUUCAUCGAAAGCUAGGAACAAUGAAGUAAGAAUUGAGGUGAGCAAAGCUGGCUUUUAAUGUCAUUUAUUCAGUGUCUUUGCUGAGCCAUGGGCCUCAGCACAAUCAACGGGACUUUUGCAAAUAUCAAAGAGAAACAGCAAAAGGAAAAGAUUUCAAUAUUUUUUUUUCCACCCAGUGUUCUAGAUACACAAAAAGGAUUAGCUCCCACAAUCUUUGGGGGUAGGUUUGUUUUUUUUUUGUUUUUUUAAAGGCUGCAUCAAGAUUUAUUCUUGUGGAGGAAAGUGACGUAGAAAGUGGGUGGGAAGUAAAUAAAAAAAAGUUCUCAAGAUUUUUUUUAAUUCAAAAUUUUAUAGAGGGAAAGAUGUGGUGUUUACCAGAUAGAGUGCUGAUUUUUUAAAAAAUAUAUUUACCACAGUAUUUGUGUAAAAAAACAAAAAAAAACAAAAGUGUAACCUUGUUAAAAGUAAUUUUUGUUUUCUCUUUUGUUUUGCAUACACUGCCACUAAUACCUGCUCAGUUACAUAACUGGAUAUAUAUGUGUAUGGUGUGCACAUGUAUGAAUAUAUGCAUAUAUAUUUAUAUGCGCGUGCACACACACACACAUAUAUAUAUACCAAUAUCUAUAUAUAUCUAUAUAUAUAUAUCAUUGUAGAUAAAGACUGUUCAGAUUAGGAAUCCUACUUCCAAUUAGCAAGAGGGGAAAAGAGAAUGAGGUGAUCCUGAUGUCUUGUUUCAACAAAAAAAGUAUCAAGCUUUUUCUGUUAUUUUUCUCUGUGCUUUUUAGUAGUUUGAAAAUAGCAGUCUGGGAGUAAAGUGAUAUUAUAUGUGAUUUUCCCCUCCAUCAUAUUCUGCCCACCUUGUAGUGUCACUUGAAAAGCUGUUCUGAAUUUGAAGUUUUGGUUUUAUUUGGCUUUUAAUUUAUUUUCAUCUAAGGUUCUGAUGAAAGGAAAUUGGUUUUCAGAAGCAAGAUUUUAACAUUAUUUAUCCGGCCUUUGGAAUGGGAGUAUUUGUUUUGCUCAUAAGUCCUAAAGUCCCUAGGUGGGCAAAGUAUGAAGAUUGUUCUAACACAUCCUGUUAUUCUGUCUUUAAUCUUCCAUAAAUGAGAAAUGGAUCCAGUCUCUCUAGUUACUAAGAUACCAUGAUUGUUCUUUUUCCUUAUAAAUACAGCUCAUCUUCGUUAUUUUUCAUCUGCAAAGAUAUUAAUGCUUAGAGCCACACCUUUCUGUACCAAUCCAAAGUGGAAUAAGGCAGGCAGGAUAUACAUUAGAAAUUCAUUUCGUUUUAUUAUCAGUGCAAAGUGUGUCCCCUAAGUUUUAACAUCUUCCUAGAGGAGUUUUUGAGAAUUUAUCACCCAAGGUUGACUGACAUACUUUUAGUGCCUAGUUGAACUGGACCAAUGUCUGACAAAUCUCGUAAGCAUUUGUCCUGUGCGUUAAUUUCUAGUCCAAGCAAAGUGCCGUAUUUUUCGCUCCAUAAGACGCACCUUCUCCCGCUGGAGUCUUGGCAACACCACAGCGCCUGCAGCUCAGUCAGCCUGCCUCCAAAGGCAGCUGCGGUGGCAAAACUGAACUCAUUGGCAUUCCUGGGGGCUGCACCAACAGCCGCCGCCGCUCUUUUAAUGAGCCUCAUUCUCCAGCCGCAAGGUAGGUAUCUCGCCUUGCAAAACCCAAAAGUGUUGCCAGCCAGCCUUGCUUGCUCAUACAAGGGAUAAAGAGACCCUUUCCUCUACUUCUGGGCAACAUCUCCCUCAGAGCCUUCAGACAUACAUGGGCAUCUGGCAGCUAAGCCUCAGAGUAAGAGUAUAUUGCUAGGCGGGAGCUCCCCAUCUCAAUUUGACAGAGCGUGCAAGGGAGAAAAGAUCCCCGUCCGCGCUGGCUCCUGGCUGCUCUCAUGCAAGUCACAGAGUCCCUCAGAUGGAGGGAACUCUAAACUGUGUUCUAAAGCUCUCUUCCCCCGCCUCGCACAGGCGACAUGCCACACCCCCGCUGCUCCGGGAACCAAAGACCCCACGCAUUCAUGCCACAAGACACACAGACAUUUCCCCUUACUUUUUAGGAGGAAGAAAGUGCAUCUUAUUGAGCGAAAAAUACAGUACAAUAAUAUGUAAAAGAAGAGACAAAGAGGAAAUACUUAGAUUUUAAAUGUAUCCCUUUCUCAACCAAAUUUGCUGUAUUCCCAAGCAUGCUUAUGUGGAAAUAAGUUCCAUCAGUGGGACCUACUCCACGUGACAGAAUUACAGUGACAGAAUUACUAACGCCUGCUGACUUUAUGAGACACUCCUCCAUGCUAGACAGCUUUAUUCUUAUUUGUUUAAUACUUAAAUCUUCACUAUUCCUUAGGAUGAAAACAUUUGUUUUACUGUCUGUAAUCUAUCUGGGAUGAAAUUGCAUAGUUAAGGGAUACUGUCAGAUUUCUAGGUAGCCACAGUUUGUAUAUGAUUGUUUUAAGAUCCUAACCAGUUACAAUGAGACAGCCUAUCUAUCACAUUUGAUAAAUAUUACAACAUCACGACAAUAUUUUCAAAGAUGACAUUGUUUCAACAUUAACUUUUUAAAAAAUGAUUAUUGGCACAAGUGAAAGGAUAUAUACUGUUCUCAAAAAUUAUUUAAGCAAUUUAGAUGCUGCCCCUGCCACCAGUCAAUAAAUGCACAACACCCCAAUUAUAAACAAACUGAAGGGAAGAAAGUCCCUGUAUAGGAACUUUAUCCUCACUGGGCUCUGAACUGAGGAAAAUGUGUUUAAGAUUGAGAUUAUAAAUGUUGACUCCCAUUGUAGUAAUUCACAAACUAAAGGCAAAAAAUAGCUGCAUCAGAAUGAAAAGAGAAAGAUCAGGAAGUGCACAAAAGUAUAUGGCAGUGUCUUUUGGAAGAACCUUAUAUUCACUGAGUACAAAGAAAAUGUUCUUUAAUUCACUUUAAGCAGUAUCUCAAAUUUCUUCACACGAGUAGAAAAGGUAGUUGUCAAUAACAGAGGGGGGGAAUACGAUAAAAUGCCCUAAUAAUAAAUUUGAGGUGUCAAAGGAGGGACAAGUAUUUGGAAAAGUGAUGGGGAAGCAGUUUAGAAUCAGUAAUUUUGAUAUUCAUUGUCCCCCUAAUGUACUAUCUCUACAAUGAAAAUCUGUAUUAAAAUAGCAAUAUAUCCGAUGCUCCAUCGCAAAUGAUAAACGCCCAUCAGAAAUUAUGACAUUUACUAGGCAAGAAUAGGCUUUGAUUGGAGGAAGAGUAAUCCAACCCCCCUGCCCACACAAAUGAAAUAAUAUAUAUAUAUUGUGUAUGCUCCAUGCAGACUUUUAUGUGCAGCUGAUCCAUUAAUGUGAUUUUACCAGUCUCCUGUCCUAGCAAUGGAGCACCUGAAUCACGCUUCUUCCAGUGAAUGGUGCAAAGCAGAGACACUUGCACCACUUCACCCCAUGAAAGCUGUUACCACCUGUAAAUAUCUGAAUUAGGUAAAUUAGAUUUAUGAAAUUUAAAUUGAGUGGCAAGCUACCUAAAUACAGAUUUGAUUUGUUAAAGAGCAAUUCUGGAACCUCAAUUAUUUCCAGAGAUUCAAGUUAUGUUCCUGUGUCUGUAGUUUUGUACAUUUAGCUACACACAAUGCCUAAAAAGAUGUAGUUUUGAAUUAAGUUUUGCUACUGCCUUCUGCAUUUACACAACAUCUCUUUUCCAAAACUAAAGUAAUAUAAAAGGGGUGUUAAGUUAGAUGGUACCUAUGCAUGGGUACAAGCAUAGUUUAGAGAGAUGAUCUAAAGGCUUUCUAGGGAUGUUGUGUGGAUACAGAGCUCCACUCAUAUGUAGAGUGCACCCAGGUACUGAAGAUAAUAGACCAUCACCAAAGCUAUCUGUCCUUACUGGAACCAAUGAUUCAGACCACUCAUGCAGUUAAAUUUAUUUCUACAUAGACAGUUUAAGUCACAAGGAUUACUGUUAAAGAAACUAAAAUUCAAAAUUAUAUGGUUUUAAUAUUUUCCCUUCUAGCAUAUAUAAACAUACAAGAUCCAUGUUAUAGUCCGAAUCUAACAAAGAGUGGUAGUUGGGGCUUAAGCACACCUAGUUCUGUUAGAUUACAGCUCCUUGAUUU